UUGUAUUUUAAGUCCCUGCUAUCUCUUCUUAAUAAAUACAUAUCCCCCGAACGUCUCCGACUUCACCCCGACUUCCAACCCUUUAGCCGCGCUGCCUGGUCCCGUGCUCGGCCUCCCUCCCAGCCCCAUCCCUUUUCCGGCCUCCCAGGCUACGCAGCCAUGUCUGAGGGCCCGGAAUACUCGUCCUUCUUUGGUGUCCUGGGAGCCUCGGCCGCCAUGAUCUUCAGCGCCCUGGGUGCAGCUUAUGGCACAGCCAAAAGCGGCACCGGGAUCGCAGCCAUGGCAGUCAUGCGACCCGACGUGAUCAUGAGGUCAAUCAUUCCCGUCAUCAUGGCUGGUAUCAUCGCAAUCUACGGCCUGGUGGUGGCCGUCCUCAUCGCCAACGCAGUGACCCCGGGGAUCAGCCUCUACAAGAGCUUCCUUCACCUGGGAGCCGGCCUAAGCGUGGGCCUGAGCGGGCUGGCUGCGGGCUUUGCCAUCGGCGUCGUGGGGGAUUCCGGUGUCUGGGGUUCGGCGCAGCAGCCGCGACUUUUCGUGGGCAUGAUCCUCAUCCUGAUCUUCGCCGAGGUCCUCGGCCUCUACGGCCUGAUCGUGGCCCUCAUUCUCUCUACGAAGUAGCCCCUCGCUCCCCUUCUGCCCACCGGCCCCCACCGCCACUCGCCCCAGCAGCCGCAGAGUGUGCUGCAAGACCAGUCGUGAACC